UAUACGUAAGUCCCGUGUAGGCGAGUGUCAAGGGGGUCAUUUAACUUGAGGGUGGCGCUGAGGGGAGGCUUUAAGGUGAUAUUUUCCCUCCUUGGCCGCCGCGUUUCCCUCGCCCAGAGUGUGAUGGCGCCAGGGAACUGAUGGCGGCGCGGCAGACAGCGUGAUGAUGUUAGAAACUCUGCAGCAGAAGGAGCCGCUGUCUGAGUUUGUGGACGUUGCCGAGAGGAACCGCAAGAACCAGGACCAUGGGGUGAGCCGCGUCGACAGGCUGAGUCAAGAUGAAGAGUUUGCGGCGGCGCAGGAGGAGUGGGACGCCGUGCAGUGCGUGGAGCCCAUCCUGCGCUCGCCCCACAAGGAGGACUUCCACAAGAGCCCCAAGAAGUACAUUGACAGCUCCUCCUCCUCCCCCGCCAAGACCCCCUCCAAGCUGCCCCCUGUUCUGCCCCCUGCCGUCAGGGUCACCCCGCACACAGACUUUGAUGAGGUCUGGGACUACUUCACGCGGCAGGACAUGAGUCACGUUAUGGGCUCCAUCAAACCCACACUGGAGCAGAGAGGCGUGAAUGGUCUCUUCCGGUCACUGUUCGGCCCCAAGAAGCUGAAGGCCGAGCUGGUGGAGGAGAGGAACCUGCUCUUCGCCAUUGCACAGUGUCAGUUCGACAACAGUGAGCCCAUCCACCUCCAAAUACUCCAAACGGUCUACAAGGUUCUCACCGGCACCAAGAUCGACUGUCCUCGCUACGGCAGCCACUGGGACGUGAUUGGCUUCCAGGGCGUGGACCCAGCGACGGACCUCCGGGGCGUGGGGUUGCUGGGUCUGGUGCAGGCGCUCCACCUCCUCACCCACGAGCCGCUGCUGCCGCUUGCGAGGGAUGUGUUCCGGCUGAGCCACGACCACCACUCACAGUUCCCCCUUAUGGUGCUGUCCAUCAAUGUGACGCGCAUCUCCCUGCAGACCCUGCGAGAAGGAUACCUCAACAAGGAGUGUAACAGCCGAGGCAACGUUCGCCACGUCCUCAAUCAGUUCUUCACGGCGGUCCUCUUCCACAUCUUCUGGAUCUGGAAAACCGAGUCAAAGACGAUAAAAGACUCUGGCUUCAUCAUAAAAGACGCCGAGGCCUACUGCAAGCGCAACGUAAAGACAGUUCUGCAGAAGCUCCAGGUACAGCUGCGGAAGUACUCCCACACCGAGGAGGGCCACCUGGUGUGAGGGCCGGAGGGGGUGCCAACGUCUCACCCCAGUGGACGGAUCUCAGUGGGUGUGUUGGUGUGUGUGUGCUGUGGGGCUGGUGUGGGGUGUGGGGUGUAGUUCUCUCUGGUGUGAGUUGCCAGUGUCGUAUCCUUGCUCGGUUUGAGAGGCUGAAUCCACACCUGCUUGUAUAGUCUUUCAUGCAGUGCAGUGCUGGAGUAAGCUUCCUGACGCAACACCAAGGAAAAAAAGACACUUGACAUGUAAACGAAGACUUGAAAAGGAGCCUAAUUUUUGUUUUAUCUUUUUAUUUAUUGAUUUUUCUUUUUUGAUGUGACUUGUUUUUUCUACAGUACCAAGAAAAAAAAGAAAAAGCUUCACGACGCAACACCAAGGAAAAAAAAAGACACUUGGCAAGUAAACUAAUUGAAAAGGAGUCUAAUUUUUAUUUUAUCUUUUUACUUAUUUUUUUUUCUCUCUUGGUCUGACUUAUUUUUUCCUACGGUACCGAGAAAAAAAAGAAAAAGACACUUGCUAUGUAAACUAACACUUGAAAACGGGAGAUCUGUUUCCUAUUUUCCAUUUACUCUAUUUAUUUAUUCAUUUAUUUUGAUUUAUUUUAUGGUACAACUCCUACUUUUCCCUCCCUACCCAAUGCAUAGAGAUCCCAGCAUUCAUUUUCCAUACAUUCCUUAUUUAUUCAUUCUCAAAUUUACGUCUUUCAGUACGACCCCUAUUAUUCCCCUCCGGCCCCAAUACGCACACACACUAUAGAGUUCAAGGUUUCGUUCCCCCCUUCGUCUAUAGGAUAUGGGUUCCGGUAUCCUUCGGGGGCUACAGUAGUAUUAGGAGUGGCGGUAGGAAGGGAAACACAGGUCUAACCCAAAUGCACAAUGAACAUAUCCACAUCGACACAGGAUUAGGAGGUUGUGGAGUGAUCGUUUAACUGCUGUGUGAUUAGACAAGGCAGUGAUUGACUUAAGCGCUCAUAUGGUUAGGUUAAAAAGGCGUUAUAGGUAUAGAGUUUGAGGGUUGAAGAGUAUACUAUAUAUAUGUAAUUGUCGAGAAGAGGAUCGAACUCCCUUGGGUUGAUAGCAUAGAGUCUGAGAGAAAUCUAUAGACAUUGCGUUAUGUUGGUUAAGUUGGUCUUCUUCUUCUUCUUCUUCUUCUUCUUCUCGUUUAGCAUCUUUAUUUUCCCUUCUGAGGUUGGAUUGGGUAUUGAUCUCUCCCACUCUAUAUGGCCGCUCUCCUCACAUCACCUCCUCCUCAUCCAUUCUCUUCCCUAUUCUUCUUCCUUCUUUUCCUCCUUUCUUUCCCUUCCAUUCAUUGCUGCACUUCUUUUCCUCUCCCCUUUCUCUUCUUCUUUCUCCAGGUUUUCUUUGCUCCACCAUGCAUAUAGAUUUUACUCACAUUCUAGUCCAUCAAUGCAAGGAUGUUCGAUACCUAUUUUGACUCCUGUACUUCUCUAUUGAAAGUGGUUUAUCAUGUGAUCUGUGUGUGUGUGUGUGUCUAUUAAGUGAACUAUGUGAUACUCCGCGUUAGACUGCCAGCUACCACUAACACUUGGGACCAGAUCUUGGACGUAGUGGGUGGAGGUGGCAAGUUACUGUUCAUUAUUCACAGGUGGAACUUUUAUUGAUUGUGAUGUUUCUGUGCUGUGCUGGGUUGUUAAAAGAGAGGCACUGCACGCCAAGCUAGUCCGUAACCAAUCGCCUUGUGUGGCUUUAGAAGAGGGUGUGGGGGCUAUGGACAAGCUUGGUGCACAGUGACUAUUACUUCAUGGUGUGUUGCGUGUCAGACGUAUAUUUUUGUGUCCACGAGGAGUUUUAGGACAAGGUAGCGUUGUGAGUUGACCGAUUCAGGGCCAUACCCAAGGGGCGUCAAGGGGGAUCGGAUGACAAUUUUUCAAACCCUUAAGCCCCCCCACAGCUGAUUUGACUCACUUUGCUUGCCACUCGCCCCCCUUCAAGUGGCUACAUAAGUGGAACCCCCCUCCCCCCCCCGCCCCCUCCCUUUUCCAGCUCCGGGUAUGCCCCUGUGAUUAAUAUUUGUGAGUGUGUCUGCUAUCUUCUGUCACCUCUUAUCAGCUGUGUUUUGCCGACAUUCCCAAACACAUGAGAUUUAUAACUAUGGGCCGUAUUACAAGUUGAAUCCGAGAUGUUUCGUGUCCCUACAAAGGUCGGUUUAGGGGCUGUAUUGCAAGUCUGAUCCGGGAAGUUUCGGGUCCUUACAGAAUUAUUCAUCCCGAACCUUGUAGGGACCCGAAACUUCCCGGAUUGGACUUGUAGUAUGGCCUUCUAUGAUGCUGUGGUUGUUGGCUUUCAGUAACACAACAACAACAACAACAACAGCUACUACUACAAAGUUUAUUUAUACUUACACACAUUUGCAUGCUGUGUAAUUCCCCACCUGACAUCAGUAGCGAUUAAUAUUCAUAUACACAAUUAAUAUUAAACUGUGUGCAUUUCGUGGUGCAAUUUUAAGACGUAUAUCAGCGUUUUUAAUCAACUCACUUCCAUGCAUAUCAGGGUGUGCUUCGGAGCGCUUGUCGACAUUGCAUUUUCACCCGCAAAUAUUUCCCUCACUGGUGUCGACUCAAUGGCACGUUUUAAGGCACUCGCUUUACACCCGCUGACCUUUACGUAUCAUUUCGGCAGAGGCUGUAAAUGUCGUAAGAUGGACCAACGUUGCCAGAUUGUCGUACUCAGCCGAUUAUAUUUCCCAACUUCCUUCUCCCAUACUGUCUUCUGGGCUCCAAUAACGAAACUAAUUUAUAGAUAUCGUUAAAAGACUUAGAUUCGGAUGUUUCUUGGGAUUAGUUAGGCGUCAGAAACAGGCAAAUACUAUGCUCUGAGUACGAGAGUCUGGCAACGGUGAGACGGACAUGUGUACCUUAUCUUGUCACUCACACAAUGUUCUAUGCUUCAACAAACUCACUAACUUUUCAUCCACUGCCCUUUACGUAUCAUUUCGGCAGAGGCUGUAAAUGUCGUUAGAUGGACAUGCGUAACUUAUCUCACCUCUCGCAUGAUAUUCUCUGCUUCAACAAACUCCCUAACUCGCUCCCUGCCAUUCUUGUCAUGCCUCUCACGGCUAUACUAUCAAGCAAACUCACUGCCGGGGUUCACUGUGGCUUAGGAUGGGGUUGGCUCACUGUUCUCUUUAUUUUGCUAGCUAUGAUACUGUCUGCCUUCUGUUUCCUGUCCCAGCCAUGUUACUGUCUGCCCGUAGUCUGUUAAAAUUGCCGUGUGUGAUUUCUGUGGUCUGUGGAUGGUCUGUGAUUGGUUAUACAGGUUUCUCUUGGCUAGUAUGGUCUGAUUUAUAUAUGCUAUUCCACUGGUUCACUAUUCACCCUCCCCCCUCCUACAACACAGACUCUCCAGCUCCCCACUCCUCCGACAGCUUGGUGUAUGCCUAUAUCCUCCCUCACUCAGUCACCUCUUGCUGUAAGGUGACUGGCGCACUGCAUCAGGAGUAUGUGAUGCAUGUGUUACGGCUUUCCUUCGCCUCCCUCACCAGUGGCUCGCUGAUCAACCCUUCCCCCUUGCAGCAGAAAUGUCGCCAGGUUUUUAAAAAGUCGUAUUGGUAUUUGUUAACUGUUAUGUGGCUGGGUUUAGGUUUUUGAUUCAAUUCUAGGGAUGGAGUUAGCAAGUAAGUGUUGACAUAUUACAAACUCAGUCGUAAAAAUCAAUGUUAAGAUGUAAAAUGUGAAAUCAAUGAGAAAAACAAACAAAAAAUAACUAACUAUGCCUUGAAAAACGGAUAGUGAAAGACAGACCAGCCACAUUUUUUUUGAUAAAGACUAAUACCAUGUUUAAAUAAUCAGGCGUGUGUGUCUUAUGUACAAUUACGUGGGUUAGGUGACUCUAGAUGUGUACGAUACUUUCAGGUUCCAGUCCUACCAUUUCCCAAUAGUGCAAAUCGCUACUGCUUUGAUUUUUAGUGUCGUUAAGAAUGUGUCCUUUUCAUGUACAAUUCACGUGGGCUAGACAGACCUUUGGAUAUUUGUAUGUACGUUACUAGUGAGGUUACUGUCCCCCCUCGUCCUUUUUUAGUGCAAAUGUCCGCUUCUCUUUCUAGUGUCUCAACCAAAAAUUACCGCGUCGUAGGUUUAAUUCACUGUCAGCUUUGGGCAUCAUCGCUGAGGUGGUCACGGUUCAGGCUCUCUCGUGCUUAGUUUUUUGUGUUCUGUUUUGUUUUGGUUCAGUGUUGGAUAAAAAAAAUCGUCUUGUGUUGUCAGUGUGUUCGUAAGGUUUUCUGUCGUAAUGGAAUAAUGUGUUUCGUGUGUGGUUGUAUCUAUUUAACUCGAAUCGAUAUAUUUUUCUUAAUUGCUUCGUGUUAUUAUUAUUACCAUCGCCAUUUUUUGUGUCUCGGUAUUUUAUAUUUUCAGUCGAGAUGUUGUUUAUGAUUUACGUCUAGCGGGUGCGAUGUGAGAGGAAACUAUUGGUAUUAUUUCUCACUGCAUAUUUUAUUUUUUCAGUCGAGAUGUUGUUUAUGAUUUACGUCAAGCAGAUGCGAUGUGGGAGGAAUCGGUUGUUGCGUUACUAGUGUGAUGGUUUGAACUUGACCUUCCUAGUGGUGUUGUGAGCUUAAGGUUCUCAAGAUAUGACAUUCUAGGUUAAGCAUAUAUUUAGUGUUUAUGAAAAGACCCCAGAUGUUUCUCUCCUUAGUUGUAAUUAUAAUCUCUCGUGUUCUCUGCUCAUGCUCACUGAAGACUUGUGAAAAAGAACGAGUUUGUGAAACGUAGGCAAGUCAAAGUUAUUAGUUAAGAGACAAGCCUGAGAUCUCAUAGUCAUAGGAAGGUGGAGUUUCUUGACAUUAAAAAAGGCAAUAGUCUGUGUUUAUAAGCAUAUCGACACCUCAUUUGGCAUGUUUGAAGAGACUCGUAGAAGUUCCUGGGCUUUUCAUGGGCUGUUUUGUGAUCCCAGUGAUAAGUUUUGCCCGACUUCUGCAUAUUGAACAGGAAAGUCACCCAUGAAAACCUGGUCACUCUUCCCUGUAGUCUUGAGAAAUAGUCAUCAUGGUUGCCUCUCAUAGAAGUUCCUGGGCUGUUUUGUUAUCCCAGUGAUAGUUUUACCCAACUUACGCACCUUGAACGGGAAAACUACCCAUGAAAACCUGGUUAAUCUUCCCUGUGGCCUUGGAAAAUGGUCGUGAUGGGAGGCCGAUAUGUUUACAAAUAUGGACCAAUACUUCUUCAUCCUUCCUUUCCUUGAUUGUGCACUCAAACGCACCUCUCUUAGAUUUUCCUUUCUUUAUUAUUCUGCCUCUCACAACCUUUUUGAAGUGGGAGAAAUACCUAUCGUAAGACAAAUGAAGACAAAUGUGCAAAAUUCUAAUACAUUCCCAAAGAAACCAUGAUCUAGAGAGAGAGAGAAAACAUAAACUAGCCUAAUAAAUACACUUAGAGAAAUAGGACACUGAGCAGACCUUCGAAGACAUAGACUUGAUGAAUGUACCGUGAUAGAUACUUGCAAUAACUCGCUUUGACGUUCAUACAAUGUUUACCUUAGUUGUGAGGGCUACGGACUGACUGACUGGGCAGGAGUCUUGGGACUUGCUCUUAGGAUUGCAAUAUUGAUGUACUUUAUUGUUAAGGUUAUGUAUGUAUUCUCACUCUUGCAGAAUUAAAUGGGAUGCUGGACUCCAUUAGAUAAUUAUAAAUAGCUCUCAGAAAGUUACAUUUCACGCUGUUUAUGGAAAUUAUUUAUGUGUUUUCACUCUUGCAGAAUUAAAUGGGAUGCUGGACUCCAUUAGAUAAUUAUAAAUAGCUCUCAGAAAGCUACAUUUCACGCUGUUUAUGGAAAUUAUUGAUGCAUUUUCACUCUUGCAGAAUUUAUUGGGAUGUUGGACUGGUUAUAAAAAGCUUGCAGAUAAUUAUGAAAAGCUCUCACAAGGUUACAGUCACACUAUUUAUGGAGAGUAUGUAUAUGUAUUCUCACUCUUGCAGAAUUUAUUGGGAUAUUGGACAUGGUUAUAAAAAGCUUGAGGAUAAUUACGAAAAGCUCUCAGAAAGUUACCUUCAUGAUAUUCUUUGAAAGUUUUUGAAGUAUAUAAGUAUUUCAUAUCUUUUAUUUUUAUUAUUAUUAUUGUUAUCUAUUGUCUUGUUCAGAGCUCAUAGUGGAAAGUUAAUAAUUGGUGGCAGUGUUAAUGUAUCUUUUUAUACAUGAAUGUUCUAUCUUAUUCAUGACCCUUGUAGAACAUCUUUUUGUCCCUAAUCAACUAAGUGUCUUUCUUUUAAGUGAAUGUAUUUAUGUGUCAUCAAUCCAGAUCCAUUUACAGGUUUUUAAAUACUUGACAACUGAUUGAUAAAGAGGGAUUUGUAGCCAGAUUUUUUAUCCAUUUUGCAUUUCUCACUGAGUUUUUAUUUUAUUUUUGGGGGUUAUUUAAAUUUUUGGAAGGUAUUUUUAUUGGUAUUUUGGUAUAAUUUUCCUACUAGUGUUGUUAUGCAUAAGGAUUAGUUAGUUAGUGAGUGACUGUGUGUGUGUGUGUGUGUGUGUGUGUGUGUGUGUGCAAACUCUAUGACACUGUGAUGACUUCCUGGUGCUGCAGUGAGGCAUUUCCGAGACUUAGCGUUGUUUGCUGCGUUGUGAUGGUAUUAUACUGCCAGCAUUUAAUAAUUGUUUACUUUGCUAAAAUUUGUGACGCACAAGUAUAUGUACUUGAAAUUAGUGGCUUAGGAAAUUCUGUUCAGUUAUCACAUUUACUGCAUUUGUAAGCUGGUGUACUAAUUAAAGUGAAGUUGUUAAUUGGCUAAUGUGAAUGUUAGUGCUGACUAAAUUGUUCAUGUCUGGCGGUGUGUGGUGAUGGUGUGCAACACACACCACCAAUACUGUAUUGACCCCUUCAUAGUGUGUGUGUGUGUGUGUGUGUGUGUGUGUGUGUGUGUGUAGCCCUUUGUUCCAUACCAAAGUUCCGCUGUAGUGUUGACUACAUGCUUCUUAGCCAGCUUUAUGUGUUGACAAAUUUGUACUUAGUACAAGAGGUGUGUAUUUCUCUUAGGUCGACCUGUAAUUUUUAUUAAGCCUGUGUACUUUAUUAUUUUAUUUAGUAGUAAUGUUAAUGAUCUGUUUCUUGCAAAAUGAAAAGACAACUACCCUUGUGAGGCACAUGCACACAAGUGUUGUGCAUGUGUUUGUGUGUGCUCGCCGCCGUGAGGGUGUGUGCCUGCCCCGUGCAAUGACCGCCAACACCCAAAUGAGUGUUGGCCACGAGACUUAACCCACGAUAGAUGUAAGAGGCGCGGCCCUGCCCCUACCACCUCCCAGCCUCCCCACUCGUGUCCCUCUCAAUGCAUACCCCACGCCUGCCCCGGAGUACUGUUAGCUGGGGAGGCGUCUAGUUAUGCAGACAGAUACACACACAAGGAUCAGUAACGCAGGGAAAUAAAGUCCUCGCCGGGAAACUAAAACCAAUAUAUAUCCAGAUAGGGGAGUCAUGAGUGGGGAGGCGAUGAUUGUAACCCUGUGUAGCAUGUCAGCGGCCGGACCCACCCUUCCCCUGUGUGGCGGUGCUCCCAGGUGUCUGAGGGCCGCCCAGCAAGCACAGGUGUUUGCAGGAAGGGCGGCGCCUACGGAACAAACCCCUCUCGCUCACUCUAUCAUCGUUCAAUUUUCAUCUUUGUAUAAAUAAACACAGGCACCGUA